UUGUAUAUAUAUAGUGACACGCCAAACCCCUCUCUCAACCUGCUCUGUUUCGCCCAUUCUAUUUAUGCAUACAUUUUUCUCCUGAAGCUUCAAUUAGUGGCUGUAAAUCGUACGGGAUUCAUCGUUGCUGCAAGCAUCGAGCAGUUCUUGUUCAGAGUUUUAAGCAAACAUGUAUAAGGCAAAGAGAGAGGAGCAGGCUGAUGAAUCAACAGCUGAUGAUGGAUAUGCAGAAACUGAUCCAACGGGUAGAUAUGGCAGGUUUGAGGAAAUCCUGGGGAAGGGAGCAAUGAAAACAGUUUAUAAGGCAAUUGAUGAGGUGCUUGGGGUGGAAGUAGCAUGGAGUCAAGUGAGGCUUGCUGAUUUGCUUCAAACUCCAGAGGACUUGCAACGGCUCUACUCCGAGGUCCACCUUCUCGGCACACUCAACCACAAAUCAAUCAUCCGAUUCUACACUUCGUGGAUCGAUGUGGAGAAGAGAACAUUCAAUUUUAUUACCGAGAUGUUCACUUCCGGCACCCUCAGAGAAUAUAGAGCAAAGUAUAAGCGAGUGAAUAUUCGAGCUAUAAAGACUUGGGCUCGGCAAAUACUUGAAGGUCUUGUGUAUCUGCACAGCCAUGAUCCUCCCGUGAUACAUAGAGACCUUAAGUGCGAUAAUAUAUUCGUCAAUGGUCACCUAGGACAAGUGAAAAUUGGUGAUCUUGGCCUUGCAGCAAUUCUCCGAGGAUCGAAUAGAGCACACAGUGUCAUAGGAACUCCCGAGUUCAUGGCACCAGAAUUAUACGAAGAGAAUUACAACGAACUUGUUGAUGUAUACUCAUUCGGAAUGUGUGUUCUGGAGAUGAUCACGUCGGAGUAUCCCUAUAGUGAGUGCACCAAUCCAGCACAGAUAUACAAGAAAGUGAUAUCAGGAAAAAAGCCGCGGGCAUUCUACAAAGUCCAAGACUUGGACGCUCAACGAUUCAUUGGGAAGUGCUUGGAGGUUGCACCAAAGAGAUUGUCCGCGGAAGAACUAAUGCUCGACCCUUUCCUUGCUGUUGUUCAUUCCGAUGAUCAUCUCCACUAUAACAUUGAGAACCAAAAGCCAUUCUUGAACGAUAGGAUUGAACUCGAGCGUCUGCAAUUGAGUGAUGAUGAUUCACCGAGGACUAACAUGACCAUCACCGGGAAGCUAAACCACGAGGACGAUACCAUUUUCCUGAAAGUGCAGCUUGCCGAUAAAGAAGGUUCUGUGAGAAACGUGUUCUUUCCCUUCGACAUUGUAAAUGAUACUCCGCUUGACGUUGCGAAUGAAAUGGUGAAGGAGCUGGAGAUAAAUGACUGGAGGCCAUCCGAAAUAGCGAAUAUGAUCGAUGGGGAGAUUUCCGGCCUCGUUCCAGGCUGGAAGUCCGAUCAUCCUUAUCAUCUUCGACCGGCUCAAUUCAGUAUAAUAAAUUUUCAAGACGAAGAUAACGAUCACAACACUCUCUUCUCGCCUUCUUCGUCAUCCCAAGUCUCGGCCUUGGGGUCGAUAGCCUCUCACCGGAGGGACAUGAAGCCCCAUGGCGGCGGCAGCCACUGGUUUCAAGGUGAUUCAUUCGACGACACCAGUUCGCAAAGCUCAUCCCAUUCCGGGAAGUAUUCCAACUGGGGUUACAAUUCUUUAGACGAUCACUACGAAGAUGCUCAAAGUCCUAAACAAUUCUCCCCAAGGCGAACCAAGGAUACGAAAAUCAGGAGCAGCUCGGGGAUAAUGCCGGCGCUGAUGAGGAACCAGUCGCUAGUAGACAUCCGAAGCCAGCUACUCCACAGGUCGCUCGUGGAGGAGGUGAACCGACGAAGGCUGUUUAAGACCGUCGGCGCUGUGGAAAAUGUCGGGUUUCAGUCUCCACUCGAGGCUUCAUCCCGGGCUUCGCAUGUGACAGUGAGCGGUAUGUAUUCGAUGAACUUCACGAGUCGUAACAAAAGGCAAGACUAUCGUGGUCGGCGAGUUUAGCGUCCAAUUCUUGUCGAUUUCGAUCUAUACUAUAUAUAUAUACAUAUUUUUACCCACACACUCACGUCACGUUCGGGAUCGAACCCGGGAGCUUUGGCCUUUGUUGGGGGAUGCCAUAUUUGCAUGUUAGCGUUAUUGUAGCUUAUAUGUAUGUGGUUGUAGGAAUAUUCAUGUUGUAGAUGUAAAUACAAAUAAAUGCAUUGUGUUUGUAUCCUUUUGACAACUUUAUUCAAUAUAUAUGUAUAUUAUAUUUAAUUGAUUA